AGAAAUAGGCAGAGUUACGGCUGCGCUGAGAGCGCAUCACAUGUGUCCAUAACGACGAUUUUCGCACAAGGGAGUCGUGUUCAGAGAAAACGGUUUUUAUUGACGUCAAAUGGAUGUGUGAAUGACUUUACCGCAUGUGCAGGCAUGACAGCAGCGAUCAGAGCUGCCAGUUCUAACCAAAGGAGCACCGAGAUCUCAGUAGACUGUUAACCAGUGAGGCUGUCCAAGAGGUUUCCAAUUAGCCAGGACUGUGAGAUUUUAUUUUAAACUUUGAUGGCGGCUCGUCUCCUCCAAACUCAUUGUGAAUUCAUUUAGUUGUGAGGGGAGAGAGGGACGCUGCAUCCCGCUGCUGACAGAGAGACCACUUGUACCGCCGUCACAACUGUGCCAAGAGACAGGGAGUCUUUGAAAGCCACCGGAGCGAACCCGACCGGCAUAUCAAUCAGCGUCCCGGAGAGCGACUCGCUAGGUUCGCACCGGUAAUAAAAGGUAUUGUCUCAGAGGUCUGUGUGCCGGGAACAGAGAGGGGACAUGGCACUUUUCCCGCUUGCAAAUCGGAGGACAGCAAUAGUAGGUGGCAAACGAAUGUAAAAGCCAGUUCCCCCUCGUCUUGCCACGGGUGCGCACCGGCAAAGAGGCGCCGGACACGCAGGAUCAUCGAUUCGCACUUUGUGAUUUUUGCGCUGCGUAACCUAUGUGACAAGAGCGGAGAGGAAACGGUGAACGGUGGGAUUAAGGCGUGCGUCUCCUAAACUAAACACUCAAAUUCUCAAACCAUGGACGCCAGGAUAUUAUUUUUGCUUGUUUCUUCUGCGGCAUUUCUCGCUGAGCUGCACUGCGCCUCGCCAAGGACCACAUCGGGGACGGAUCUGCCCGCCAUCGGCUUCAGCAACAUCAGCAACAGCAGCGGGGAAAGCGGCGGCAAAAAAGACUCGAACCAAACGCAAAUCUCCAGGAACAAGAGGAAAACAUUAGCCGUGGAUUUUGCGGUCCCCUCUCUGCUGCGCUAUUAUCUGGCGGAGUUCAUAAAGAGACCCUUAAACGGCGACUGUCAGACUUUUAGCGGAUGUUACACGGUGCGCGCAAACUUAAAAAUGCAAUGCAUACCUUUACAGAAAACCAUUUCUACUUUUGUGGACCUUAAGUCUGCAGCGGAAUCAGCACUGAGGAACGCGUCUGCUGAUGGACAGUUCCCCUCCUUCUACAAGCGACCGCUGACCAAAGUUCUGAAAUUGGGCUUGACAAAGGCGAGCAGGAAAUCUAACCAAGUUGUGGUGGAAAUAGGAGAGGAUUUAGUCAGGACGGGAUGCGGGGGGCUGUCUGUGUACGAGGAGGCCCCGGUGUACAUCCUGGAAAUGGACCUCACAACUAUUCUGGAGUGGUGGCUUGGCGCUGAGGGGGGCCGGCUCAGGGUCCGGCUUAUGCCCGAGAAAAAGGCGCAGGUGCCAGGGAUUGAGGAUCGGUACACAGCGGCCAUUCGAGCUUCAGACCCCCGCCUCUACCUCCAGAUAUCCUCCGCGGGUGAGCCACUGAAUGGUAGGACUACUCCUGGGAUUCCUAAAGGAUACUGGAGCUUCUCCUGGAUAGCUGAGGACAACCUCAGUUUUCCCAAUGACUCAGUUCCUAUUUCAGCAGAUCGCCAGUGCUCUGGCCAUAGCAAAGCAUGUGACCAGCACUUGGAGGCUAUCCCAGAGUUUACGUGGAGUAUUGUGGCUGCAGGGGACCUGCGUGAGGAGAGAAAUGAGAAAAGUGUUAAGAAGGCAGGAAGUCCCCAGGGUUGGGAGGAAGGUAAGAAUGAAGGUGAGUUUCUCUGGGUGAACGGUUCAGCGUUUGGAGGCCCCUGGGUGCUGAGUCCUUGGCUAUGGGGCGGCCAAGGUCCUUGUAGCCUGGACAUGGCUGUGUUCUUCCACCCCAGGCAAAGUGGGCAGUACACUGUUUGGCUUAUAGUGCGAGACAAGUCCCCUCUCUCCCUCUUCUCCACCGACACUCUCCCGCGCAUCACAGGCUGGGCAGUGGUCCACCUCACCCUGGGGGCAAACGGAGGAUCACCUUUUCGGAUCUCAGCCAGCUACGAUCAGGGGAUCCCACAGGAUGAUACGGCCACCAUUGAGCCCCACUUCACCACCAACUGCACCAUGGCAUCCUCGUCCAGCAUGAACAUCACACUGGAAGGCCAGUACCACUGUAACAACGGGCCUGAGAUCCCACUGGACAAACUCUGUGACUUCAGUACAGACUGCCCGCUCGGCGAUGACGAAGGCAACGUGUGUCGCCGUUUUCUCAAUGGCAGCUACUGCUCUUUUGAAGAGGGCGAGUGUAGCUGGCAGUCAAUAACAGGCCGCGGUCUCUCCUGGAAAAGACUCCAGUCACCAGUCAAGGCAACCAGACAGACCUGCCCAUCAUCAGGUGCUACAUUCACUGUGGAGGGAGGCCAGUCUAAAGGUCAGCGUGGCUCAGCAUUACUGAGGAGUCCUCUCUUUCCUCCUCCUUUAAGAAACUCUCCGUGCACCGUGCGAUUCUGGCUGUGCUUCGCGAACUUCCAGAAGGGGGCGCUGUCUCUGUGGAUCGUGGAGAACAGCACAGGCCCCGACAAGCCGCGCCAACUCUGGCAUUCAGCCACCGAACCCAAAUCUGAAAGAGGCUGGAAACUCGUCACACUUCCCCUUUACGGGCUGGCAGACUGGUUCUUUCUCUAUUUCAGCACUGAAAAUGGUCCUGGACCCGGUUCUGCUAUUUCUGUGGACAACGUCUCUUUCAGCAUGGACUGCUUCUUGGCAUCCAAUGGCGAGUUUCCACCGGUGGUAACCACACCCAGGCUGCCGUUUAGACCAACUAUCGGGACUCCGCCCCCUUCCAUUAGGAGCCCACCGAUGAUCUUCCCCACCACAGAUUACUCCAAAAAAUGGAUUUUUCAUACCUGUGGGGCUGUGGGCCCUGAAGGUCCAACUCCCACUCAGUGCCUCAACUCCUACAGGAACAGCAAUGUCAACGUGACAGUUGGAACCCGGGGGCCAUUCAAAGGCAUUCAAAUGUGGCGGGUCCCAGAAACCGGCUCCUACAGGGUCACAGUCUAUGGCGCCGCUGGCGGGAGAAGUGUCUUGACCACGAGCAGGUCACACGGUGCCUACAUGACAGGAGACCUCCUGCUGAACAAAGGAGAACUGCUUUACAUCCUCGUGGGACAACGAGGAGAGGAUGCCUGCCCCAACUCUAACGGCAUGCUGAAUAAGAUAUGCCUGGAACAGAGCGGCCCAAUGGUGAACAAAACACAAGUGAAAGGAGGGGGAGGAGGUGGUGGAGGGGCUACGUAUGUAUUCAAAGUGGACAGAGAAGUGUACAUCCCUCUCAUCAUCGCUGCUGGGGGAGGUGGCCGGGGAUACAGCAGCCAAUCAGAGACCCAGCAGGAGCAAAUGGACUAUGACCCUAGCCAACCUGGACGCAAUGGGAAGUCACAUGCUGCAGGUGGAGGAGGAGGUUGGAAUGACAGCGCUCCUGUCAGCCAGGGCGGCAAACCGCUGGUGCUCGGGGGACAGGGAGGGCAAGCCUGUCAAAAGUUCUGGCAGACCCGUGGCGGCUUUGGAGGUGGCGGAGGUGGCUGUAUGUCCGGCGGCGGCGGCGGAGGCUACAGAGGUGGUAACACCUCUGCAGAUAACAACCCUAAACACGAUGGUGAGGAUGGCUCGUCCUUCUUCAAGGGAGAACCCUUCAUCCACCCCCUUAAAGGUAUGGAGGGGGAUGGCGAGGUGAUCAUCAGCCCGGUGCAGAACUGCAGCCACUGUGAGAGCAAUGAAUGCCACGAGAUAGACAUAGAUUCCACAAUCUGCUUCUGUGAUGAAGGCCUCACCCUGGCACCGGAUGAAGUUUCCUGCAUCAACACCACAGAAGUGUCCCCGCAGCCUCCGCAGCCAUCUCUCUCGCACCUGGCGCUCGGUCUGUCUGUGGGCACCUCGGCGCUCAUUGCUGCCCUCCUGCUGGCUGUGUCCGGAGUCAUGAUAAUGUAUCGGCGUAAACACACAGAGCUGCAGUCCAUUCAGCUGGAGCUGCAGAGUCCAGACUGCAAGCUCAGUAAGCUGCGGGCCUCCACCAUCAUGACGGAUUACAACCCCAACUACUGCUUCGCUGGCAAAACGGCCUCGGUCAACGACCUGAAGGAAGUGCCAAGGCGAAACAUUUCUCUCACCAGGGGUCUAGGUCACGGUGCUUUUGGUGAGGUCUAUGAAGGUCUUGCAGUGGGGAUACCAGGUGAACCAAGUCCACUGCAAGUUGCAGUCAAGACUCUUCCGGAGGUUUGUUCUGAGCAGGAUGAAUUGGACUUCCUCAUGGAGGCUCUAAUCAUCAGUAAGUUCAACCACCAGAACAUUGUGCGCUGUAUAGGAGUAAGUCUGCAGGCUAUGCCCCGGUUCAUCCUGCUCGAGCUGAUGGCUGGAGGGGACCUCAAGACUUUCCUGAGGGAGACCAGACCCCGGCUGGAUCAACCAUCCAGCCUAACCAUGGUGGACCUCCUCAAUGUGGCCAGAGACAUCGCUAAGGGCUGCCAGUAUCUUGAGGAGAACCAGUUUAUACACAGGGACAUUGCAGCACGGAAUUGCCUUCUGACCUGCAAAGGACCGGGACGGGUGGCUAAGAUCGGAGAUUUUGGGAUGGCUCGAGACAUUUACAGGGCGAGCUAUUACAGGAAGGGUGGGCGUGCCAUGUUGCCGGUGAAAUGGAUGCCACCUGAAGCUUUCAUGGAGGGCAUCUUCACAUCUAAAACAGACACGUGGUCAUUUGGGGUUCUGCUGUGGGAGAUCUUCUCGCUGGGCUACAUGCCAUAUCCGAGCCGCAGUAACCAAGAAGUGCUGGAGUUUGUAACAAAUGGGGGAAGAAUGGACCCGCCUAAAAACUGUCCCGGACCAGUGUACCGUAUAAUGACUCAGAGUUGGCAGCACCAGCCUGAAGACAGGCCCAACUUCUCAACCAUCCUGGAGAGAAUCGACUACUGCUUACAGGACCCCGAUGUGGUGAACGUGGCUCUGCCUAUCGAGUAUGGGCCAGUACCCGAGGAGGAGGAACAUGCCCCCAUGCGCCCCGAUGACCCCUCAGCUCCGACUGUGCUGGUGAAUCCCCAGGUGCCCGAUGGGGAGGCUCCACAGCCACCUCCCGCCUACCCCACAGAGGAGAACCGGAGAGGAGGGGAGCACGUUGUUGUGACGAGCACAGCGUCUGAGGCCAAAGCACAACCAUCGGCUCAGCCCCAGCCAUACCUCCACAUGCACCAGCACCCUCACACACAGACCACCAACACAGUCACCUCUGCUGCCCCCUCCACACUCACUGCCAAGGGACCUCACGUCACCACCCAGCCCAGCUCAGAGGGAGGACACAUUAACCUGGCUUUCGCCCAGGGCCACCCCUCAGAGAAGGACGCCCACACUGGGAAAAGCAGCAGUCUGUGGAACCCUACGUACGGCUCGUGGUUCCUGCAGCAGCAGCAGAGGAAGCAGCAGCAGCAGCAGCAGCAACAACAGCAACAGCAGCAACAGCAGAGGCAAGGAGGGGUGGGCGGAGCAGGAGGCAGUAGUGGCAGGGUUCCUGGAGAGGGGCAGGAGCACGUGGGCCGGACAGUGGCUGAGGUGGCCGGGGCGUUAGGUCUCCAGCACCAGCACAAGCAAUUCCAGCAUCAGCUCCAGCAGCAGCACCAACUCCAACUGCUGCACCAUCAGCAGCAGCAGCAGCAGGGUCUAUGCAGACCUCUGCUACCCCCUCCACCUCCUCCCGCUGCCCAGUCUCCCCUACUUUUAGAUUCAGCCGCCUUGCCCCCAGUCCCCCUCUACAGACUGAGACGUUUCCCCUGUGGAACCAUCGGAUACGGCUACCAGGAGCAAGGCCUCCCCAUGGAGUCCAGUCACAGUAACGCCAACCCACCUCCUCCACCCCAGCAGGGCAGCAUGCCCUCCUCAGCAGCCCACCAGAGGGGGGGACCCAUUCCUACGUCAGUGUCCAUGGGUCAGUCAGGUAUACCCGAGGAUAGCCGCCCACUGCUAGUUACGAUGGGGACGGUUCAGGACCCACGGCUGCCCAGGAUGGAGGGCCACAACGCCACCGUGCUUUAGCCCACAGGCCUGCGCAGAAAGUCUUCUUUUUCAGGCCCCGUCUUUGGAGACUGUGCGAGUCACACAGCAAGAAACACUGUGCCGUGAGAGAGACUAUUUUUCACCACUCCUCCCGUCCCACCAUUUUGGAAAGAACCCAUCUCUCUAAAACGGGCUUUUUACACCAGAACCUUUGAGGUGUGUUCAAACCCCAGUGGAUGCUAAAGCACAUCGGAGAACUAAAAAGCUUUGGGAGGCAAAAUGUAGAGUCAAACAUAGUUUUGAGAAUAUAAAAAAAAGAAAAUGUAUUUUUUCAACAUUGGAGCGAUUGAGUGAGAAAACUGAGAAUCACCUGGAAGACUUUCCACACGAUUGUGACUAGGAGAGGUCAAGCUAAUGUUCGACUGAGGAGGCUUCACGACUAUCAGAAACAGACUAUGAGGAGGAAUAAAUCUCUAUAUUUUGCCAGACUUUGACUCUCAACCUUUGGUGAUCAGUUUGACUGUAGCUGCCAGCCACAUGUGUCAUUCUUCUGCAGAGCCCUCACACUGUUCCUCAUCACUUUGGGAAAAGAAAAAAAAAUGCAGCGUGGUAAAUAGCUUGUAUCAGACUAUUUUUCAAGAAUAUCACAGGAGGUGACGCUGGAUUACCAGAGACAUUUCUACUAAAAAAAAAUAAAUGAUUAUAAUAAUAAUAAUGAUAAUAAUACUGGGAAAAAAUGUGGUUGUUGAUGUUUGCUUGCCUGCUUGUUUAUUUAUUCAUCUCUUUAUUUAUUAUUUGGAAGUGGCUCUAUAAAUUAUUACUGCUUCUCCAGAUCCAAACAAAUUCGUUUUGACGCAGAUAUUUCUGUUUUUUUUUUGUUUUGUUUUUUUAUUUGAAGAAACUCCUUACAAAAAGAAGUUAACUACAUAUUCUAAAAGGUUUGUUACAGCAGCGACACUUUUUAAGUGGAAUAGUUGGAUAAAUGAAGCACUGAGCGUUAUGACUGAAGACGAGCCGUCUCAGCAACAUUUGGGAGUUGAGCUUUUUGUUGUUGCUAAAGAUGUGAAAUUACUCGUUGCCCCUCGGUCUCAUUGAAAUCGCUGCUCUUUGAACUCUCCUUUUGUUCACGGCUCCAUUCUGUCGAACGAGCGCUUUGAGACAGAGAAGCCGCGGCUUUUCCUUACUUAUUGCUUCUUUGAGUAACCUUUUAUUAAUUCACAUCUUGGUUUUCUUUUUUAUUUUCUGUCCCUCUUUUUUUGUUUCGUCUGGCUAUAGAAACAGUGGAUAUUGCUGAAUCAAUUUUAACCUUCAAUUUGCCAUCGCGAGGCACUCCACGUUCUUAAAUUUGCAUAUUUUAUCUUUUCUAUUAUAAGAUGGCUGUUGUGGAAUACAAAUGAGUCUGAGAGAAAAGUUUAAGUACAAACUGCUUUCGCUCCACAUGUGAAUGAAACCCAGAACCGCUCAUUUUCACCCGCAUAGUCUGUGUUUACCAUCUGCCUCUUUCAGUUUGGCGUAUCUAUCAAACGAUGCCACGAGUGUGUUGAUAUUUAGGUGAAUUAAUGACGAUAUUUUUUUUACGCUUUUUGCUUGACGGUAUUCUGCUGUCAGUCCAUCUGCUGUAAAGAGACGAUGAGCCGUCGUGUGAGUGUCAUGAUGCUCGGUGAUAAAUGCGUUCCUGCAGGCGAGCUCGGUAUUGGCUAAUGAACACUGUUUUUGCUUUGUCUGUGUUAAACUGCAUUUUAUUCAUUCUGUGCUCCCUUCACUGCUCAUCCCCGUCGUUUGAUGUAAAAAGACAAACCCAACUGCACCUGUAAAUGUUGUAAUUAUGAAGUAUUGUACUAUGGCUCUGGUAAAAAGCUGUACAUUGCCCUUCAGAAGACAUUCGGCAAAAUUAAUAAAUUACUAUAUAACAGCCGUA